CGCGUUCUAAAGCGGAACAUGAAGAGGAAUGGGAGCAGAGGAUGUGUUACCAGGAAGACCCGCUUUGGAUCGCGGGAGCGGGACUGGCUGAAGGGGGAUGCCCAGCGGGGCUGUGUGUGUCUGUACGGGAGAACAGUUGACCCCCAGCCCCCAGCCUCGGGCCCACAGACCUCCUCCACCCUCCAGGCAGACCUGCGGCUGGUGUUAUGCUCCACCACUACCACGGUGGAGGAGCUGUGUGCCCAGAGAGAAGUAGAGGGACUAUACCUGCAGCUCCAUGGAGACCUGCUCAGGAGGCUGGACCCCUCUGAGCGCCCUCUCCAGAUGGUGUAUGACUACCUGGCUGCUAUAGGCUACCAGGACCCUCUGCGGGUUCAGAGAGAGGCGGCCAACUCGGACCUCAGCUGCAUGAUCCGCUUCUACAGUGAGUGUCCAAUGAACGCAGACCAGCAGGAGCGAACCCUGCUGACGGGCGUGUUCAGCGUCAGGAAGGGGAAGACCCAGCUGCACAAGUGGGCAGAGCGCCAGGUCCUCCUGUGUGGAACCUGUCUGAUUGUGGCCUCCGUCAAAGACAGCCUGACGGGGAAGAUGCACAUCCUGCCCCUGGUUGGGGGAAAGGUGGAGGAGGUGAAGAGGAGACAGCACUGUCUGAUGUUCAGCUCAGCCGGACCUCAGGCCCAGACAUACUUUGUUAACUUCGACACACUGGCAGACUAUCAGAGGUGGCAUCGGCAGGCUUCAAAAGUGGUUUCUCAGACCAUCAGCCUGGUGGAUCUGUCAUGCUACAGUCUGGAGGAGGUGCCAGAGUACCUGUUCUACAGCCAGGACCUCACCCACCUCAACCUCCGACACAACUUCAUGUCCCUGCAGGGCCCCGGAGGACUGCUCAACCUCCCCAGGUUUUCCCAGCUGAAGAGCCUGAACCUUUCACAUAACCGCCUGGGAGUGUUUCCAGAGUCUGUCUGUGAGAUCCUCACCCUGACAGAGCUCAACCUCUCCUGUAACGGCAUGAACACUGUCCCCGCACAGAUAGGCAACCUCCAGAGUCUGCAGACCCUGUCUCUGGAUGGGAAUCAGUUGAGCUUCCUUCCUGAAGAGCUUGGCGGCCUAGCUCAGCUCAGCAGCCUGGGGCUUUCCUUCAACAACUUCCCCCACAUCCCUGGUGUGCUGGAUAGGCUGAGUGGUAUGGACAGGUUAGCCAUGGCUGGGAACAGGGUGGAGACCCUGGAGCUGGGGAUCCUUGCCAGGAUGAGCCACCUCAAGAACAUCGACCUGCGGCUGAACGGUCUGCGCUGGGUGAAGAGUGAGGCCCUGGAGGCAGUGAAGCAGGUGACCCAGCUAGACCUGAGGGACAACCACUUGGCCACCCUGGACCUGAGCUCCAUCUGCAGCCUGGAAACCCUGCACUGUCAGAGAAACCAGCUGAGGGCGCUAACACUGAGUGGCUUCACCCUGCGCACACUCCACGCCAGCAGCAACCGCCUGACCACAGUCAACAUCUACCCAGUACCCAACCAGCUGACACAGAUGGACCUAUCACGGAACCUGCUGGAGUACCUACCUGACUGGGUGUGUGACAGUAGAAAGGUGGAGGUGCUGGACGUUACACACAACUUUCUGUCUGAACUACCAGCCAGACUGCUCAGCAGCCUGAGUCUGAGGAAGCUGCUGGCUGGGAACAAUAGGCUCCAGAGACUGCCUGACCUACUUGACCACGUCCCCCUGGAAGUACUCGACCUCCAGCACAACAAGCUAGGCGAGCUCCCAGAGAGCCUCUUCUACAAGGCCUUAAACCUAAAGUACCUGAACGUGUCAGCUAAUGCCCUGGAGACAAUUCCCCCCAGCAGCCAAUCAGAGGAGAGCCUCAGCACUCUCCAGGAACUGUACCUGACGGGGAACAAACUGAAUGAGAACUGCGCUGCUCUGCUGGUCGGACACCAGAACCUCAGAGUCCUGCACAUGGCCUACAACCAGUUGCUCUCUUUCCCUGCCAGUAAACUGAGUAAACUGGAGCUGCUGGAGGAGCUGAAUCUGAGUGGCAACAAACUGAAGACCAUCCCCUCCACCGUGUCCAGCUGUAAGAGGCUACACACCCUCAUAGCACACUCCAACCACAUCAGUGUGUUCCCCGAGAUCCUCAACCUGCCAGAGAUCAAGCUGGUGGACUUGAGCUGUAAUGAGCUGACUGAGAUCCUACUGCCAGACUCUCUAACGGCCACCCUGCACGAACUGGACCUGACUGGCAACAGCAGUCUCAUGCUGGAGCACAAAACACUCAACCUGUUCAGUCACAUCACCACCCUGAAGCUGGACCAGAAGCCAGCCAUGACCACCGGGGACUCCCUGGGCUCCUCCACCCUGUGGAACCACGGCUACUCUGAGAUGAGCGGACAGAGGAACAAGUUGUGUGUGUCUGUGCUGGCAGUGGACCGCUUUGGGGAUAGUGUUGAGGCGGCCUAUGGCGUCUUCGACGGAGACCGCAAUGAGGAAGUUCCUCGUCUGCUGCAGUGCACCAUGGGAGAUGUGCUGUCGGAGGAGCUGCUGCAUUCCAGUGUGGACAGUGUGUACAUGAGUAACACCUUCCUCACCUCACACAGGAAACUGGGCAUGGCUGGUCAGAAGCUGGGUGCAUCUGCCCUGCUCUGCUACAUCCACCACGAGCCGUCGGAGCUGGGCAGCUACUUCAGCCUGACGGUGGCCAACGUGGGCAGCUGCCAGGCGGUGCUGUGUCGAGACGGCCAGCCCCUGCCCCUCUCCAAGGUCUUCAGCCUGGAGCAGAGCAUUGAAGAGAUGGACAGGGUCAAACUCAGCAAGGCGAUCAUCACUGAGGAUAACAAGGUGAGUGGAGUGACAUGCUGCUCUCGCCUGCUGGGAUGCUCUUAUCUGUCUCCCUGGGUGCUGCCCAAGCCCUGGGUGCGCACCGAGCCCCUGUGUUCCCAAGAUGAGUUCUUGAUCCUGGGGAACCGGGCGCUGUUUGAGAGGGUGUCCUACCAGGAGGCCGUGUGCACUGUGCAGGCCGUGAGGGACACCCGCGCUGCUGCCAAGAAGCUCUGCACGCUGGCCCAGAGCUACGGCUGUCGGGACAAUGUGGGGGCGGUGGUGGUGUCCCUGCACAUCGGGGAGGACAGCUGUACCUGUGAGCCCCCUCACGCCAGUACUGGUACUGAACCCCGUGGACCCCCUCCAACACCCCUCCCCGUCACUGCUCCCCCAGGGGACCCGGCCACGCCCUCCUCCAGCAGUGGCAUCGCCUCAGAGUUCAACAGCGAGACUUCGGCCUCGGAGGUGGGGAGUGAGGCGGGCUCCACGGCCUCUGACGAGCACCCCUCCACUGGCCCCAUGGCCCGACCUGAGAGGCGCUGUAGCCUCCACCCUGCAGCCACGCUCUUCCUGUUCCAGCGCCAGCCCUCCUGUGCCACCUUCUCCAGUAACCAGUCUGACAACGGGCUGGACAGUGAUGACGAGGCUCCACUAGAGGGAGUCAUCUCCAACGGGAGCAAGCUGGAGGUGGAGGUGGACAUCCACUGCUGUGCUUUCCAGAUCCGCUCUGGGCCCCCCGCGAGCCACAAGGCCCACAACCUGGACAAGACGCGCUCGGACUACCCCAACGGAAAGAUGCGUCGUCAGAACAGCGUGGUGGUGUCAGCCACUAACGGCUGCCUGCUGGCUGUGUGUGGCAGGGAGAUCUCCGACCUAAAGAAGUCCCCCUCCACCUGCAGCCUCUUUGGGAAGAAGCUCUCCAACGGCUCCGUGGUGGCCCCGGAAGAUAGCCACAACCUCAUCGAGGUAGCCGUGGAGGCCCCUAAGAAGAAGUCGGGUUACUUCACUGCCCCUGCCCAGCAGGACCCCGAGGACCAGCUGGUAGUGCCUCCCAGUCUAGAGCAGGAUGUUAGGGAACAGCUGAGGGGCCAGAGCCCUAUGGUCCCAGGACCUCCACCUCCUUUCACACCCCCCUCCAUCAGAGACCCUGUGUGGGACCACCCCCACCCCCCUGCUCCCAUGCUGCCCCAGCGGGACCUCGCCCCCAACCCUAUCCCUGCCCUACAGCAGGAAGUCUAUGAUACUGCCCUCUAGAGGGGGCCAGAGCACAGCGCCACCCUGUGGUUGUCCUGUGACAGUGCCAUACCAGGGGGACAGAGGAGGUCUCUCUGGCACAGGUGGGAUAUUCCAGUUCAAGUUUCCAUUCAGCUCUGUCAUGAAGACAUGUGGGGCCUUGACUGUUCACAAAUGAAUGCGUUACGUCACGUUAGACGUAGAGAGGUACUUAGCUAACUGUCUGAUGAACCUGGUGGAACUGUCUGAGUAUCAGAGCUGAACAGGCACUAAAGUCAUUAACCAUGAAAAUAGGUUGUGAAAAGAAGGGGGCCACCAGAGGCCAAAAUACCCCAGCCUGAACUAGAAUACCUCAUGCUUUUUAGACUGCAAAACUUGUUUGCAACAUUUCCCUUUACUUGGAAGGAAGGUCAAAUAGUGAAAUGGUAGAAUAAUCCAUUUGAGUGUGUUAUCAUUCCAUUGCUGGGGGCUCCAGGGGUUCCUAGAUCCCAGGGACAAGUCCUGUGACCAAAAGGUGAAAAAGUGCCUACUGUAGAUGACUCAGCCCCAGAUGUCCCUGCCUCCCUGCCUGUGUGUGUAUGGAGGGGGGAGGGGACACGCAUCAGUAUUAACCCUGGAAUAGGACAUCACUGUGUGACAGCGUCCUCCAGGGGCCACCAAUGGUACAGCCACUUCUCGCGCUCGCUCGCUCUCUCUCUGUCUGUCUGUAUAUAUAUCGUACUUUAUCUCCCUCUCUAACCUGUUGACUGCACAAUGGCAGCCGACAUGGCUGGCAGGACUGGAAACUGGGAUGACUGGCCCUUACUCUGUGGUACAAGGAUUCAGACUGUGUAUGCUAGAGGCAGGUAGGAACAUAACAGCAGGUGAUUAAAAAAAACUAAUUUAAUUUUUAUUUACUAAAAAAACUAAGAUGUGACCCUUUCUAUCUACACCAUAAUCCUCUAUAUGGGAAAUACAGUUAGUAUCUAUAUACACAUUUAGUCUGAGCAGUAUAGUGCAGAACCACAUAGUGGUGUAAUCACAUGGCCUGCUUGGCCUAGUCCUAGCAUCAGGAUGUGUAUCCAUUUGGAAACCAUUGAAGCCUUGCUGGGAGGAAUAAUACAGAAAAUAAUGUUCAAAAAUAGCAUCAAGCUCUCAAGAAAAGGCAAACGCAAAAUAACAUAACAGUGCAUUGCUCACCUGUACAGAAUCAAUAUGGCAUACUGCUUCAAAACCAUUAUUGUAACACUGUAUCUGUGACAGUGCAUGGUCAGCAAAUUUUAACAGAAAAAGUUGUUAUAUUAAUUAUGUUUUAUGGGCAACAUGAGUGGUGACAAUGAAGACGAAACAAUUGUUCACGGUGUUCAUAUCUCAAAGACACUACAAUGCACACUAGAUACUGUACAGUAAUCAUUACAAAUGAUGGGUGAAAAAACAUGUUCUUCAACAUGAGUUCUUCACAUUAUUAGAGUGCCAUCAUUUAAGGAGUCCAGAUACUGUGAGGUGUGUAGCCCCUUUUUCUUUCGUUUUUCUAGUUGUACGCUUGUUGUACCCAGGAAAUUGUGCAAAAUCUCUCCAGUGACCAACGUAUCGAAAGUGUUUUAAGGUUUGAGAAUCAUUCUGUUCCCAUCAUUCCAUUAGCUUCACAGUCAACUAAACAAAAUAUCCAUGAGUAGUGUACUAAAUGAGGAUGUAACAUGGUAUAUUAUUUUACAUGUAAAGUAUGCAUGUUGUGAAAGUCUAUUUUAGCCAUGCAGUUUGCAUAAUUCCUUUGGAGCCUAUAGAUAGAGCUGGUUGAUGUUCUUCAUUUUAAGUCAGUGACCGGCAAGAGAAAGAGUAGAAAUAAUUAGAUAUUUCAUUCUCAUAGAUCUACUGACAGAUUCAAUAGGGGUUUGUGGGACAUCUGGUGGUGAUAACUAUGAAUUGCCUCAGAUGUUAGUUAUAUAUCAGUGAAUAUCACCAGUGUACUGUACGACCACUACCACCUACUGUAUAACAGAUUCAGAAUAAGCACAGUGUGUUUUUGUUGGCAGGACAGAAAAGCUCAUUGUUGUCUUGGUGACAAUAAGGGCUGGUUUGAGUAAGAGGGGUGGUGUGAAGCUCACAUGAGUGGCAACACCAAACCAUUUCAACAGGUGGGUGGAUGACUGGAUGGGGUAUUGUGAAGGAACAACGUUUCAAGAGGUAUGUAGGACACCUGACCUAAUGCUGAGGAGGAUGUUAUCUUACUCUUCUUUCACAGUGUGGAGACAAGCCUUUGUCUGUUCCAUAUGUUUCUAAGCUGUCAAGGGACCCUUGGUUAAUACCAUCCAACCAAUGAGGGAAACGGGUUUAUCAGAUUACGUUUAUGUGGAAUUUUAGCAAAAAUAUACAAUACUCUUAUCUACAAAUCAACUCACCAGAGCUAAUGAUCUCAUCCAUCUCAAAUGUGUGUCCUGGGAUAAUGACAUGAUGCAGAUGUGGGUUAAAGUAUGGACUGUAUUUGACACACAAAACAAAAAACACAGGUAUUCUUAUGUAUAGGGCCAAUGAGACAUUAACUUAUACAUUACAUAUGCAGCUCACUGGAUAAUGAAGUGAUGACAUCACAAUGAGCAAAGUACUUUUGUGUCCCGAGAAGAGUGAAAAAACUAAAGUAUUGAGUGUAAGCCAUUUGUUUUGCAUCAGAAUUUGAGUUCAGACUUUAUUUGGGGCAUUUGCUAAUGGUUUUAGUGUUGCUGAGGUAUGGAGUGGUCCACAGUAUGGCCCUGGCUUUUAUCUAGCACAGACAUUGUGAAAUAUGUCCGUCAUGGACAUUGCUUUGAAUAAAGGCAUCUGCAUAAUAUGGGUCAGUUGACUGUGAAUAUGACAUUUCUAUAAAGUUGCACUUGUGCUCCAGCAAUGUUAAAGGAUAGUAUACCACUAAUUGACUCAUCAUUGAUAUAACAAAGCUGCAGACCAAAAUCUACCCCCCUUCCCCUUUGUGCCAAACUGCCUAACUCUAACCCAUUUUAGAGAGAACAACUUUCUGACUUAGUAAGAGAGGGCUUGUGGUCUGACAAGAGAAUGACUGGGAUGUGUUCCUAGAUGCCACUGUGAAAAGGCUAGUGGCAUGGUUGUAAUACUUACCAUAGCUGCUUAGCUAGCUACAACCCUCUCUAUGCUUGUUCAUAGCCUUAAUGCAGCGCUGCCAGUCCUAAUGAUGAUGGGGACUGUCUUUUUCUGUUGGUUUUAUUUCCUUUAGCGGAGCUGGUUUUGCCCUUUGACCUUACGUGGCAAGGUCAGGAGCAUAUAACACGCCAAUAUUUUGCAUUCUUUUCUCCAAAUUGCAGAGGGAGCAAGGCAACGUUUCAAGCCAGUAGAACAAGGAUUGGGACCAGAGGGGUGGAUUCUAAAGGUUUCGUAGAACUGGCAGUAUUUUAGAUGCUCAAAAACCUCACAGCGGCUUCGAAAUGGCUAUUUACUUCAUUCUUAACGAUCUAAACUGGAAUGAUUGGUGAAUUUGCCUUUCUUAAGCUUGCUUGCUUAUAAUAUGAGAUGUAUUACAUACAAUUGAAGUCGGAAGUUUACAUACACCUUAGCCAAAUACAU